AUGGCAAUCAUCACGAACGAGAGACAUGGACUCAGCGAGGAACAAUGGCAGAGUAACUCCCCCGAGCUCACACGCGCCAGAGCCAUCAUCUCGUCGACGCUCGACUCCCUCAAUGAUGACCUACGGAAUUUGAACCAAGCCAUCCACUCACACCCAGAAAUCUGCUACGAGGAGGUCUACGCCCAUGACACCAUCACAGCCUUUCUCGAGGCGCACGGCUUCACAGUCACCCGCCACGCCUACGGUCUAGCCACAUCCUUCUCGGCCGAGGCCGGCUCAGGCGGCCGUCUCGUCGUCUUCUGCGCCGAGUACGACGCCCUCCCCGGCAUAGGCCACGGCUGCGGGCACAAUCUCAUCGCCACAGCGUCGGUAGCCGCGUUUGCGGGGGCUGCGAAGGCGCUCUUGGACCUCGGCGUUGCGGGCCGCGUGCGGCUGCUAGGAACGCCGGCCGAGGAGGGCGGCGGCGGGAAGGCCAAGCUCAUCAAGGCGGGCGCGUUCCCUGCUGCCCAGGCGGGGGGAGACGAGAAUGAAGGCGUCUGGGCGGCUAUAAUGAGCCACGCGCUGCCGCUGGGGCAGAUCAAAGAGGGCUGGAGCGGGACGGCCGGAUUCAGGUCGACAGCGUUGCAGAGGCUCAAGGUAGAGUUCCAUGGGCGCAAUGCGCAUGCGGGCCAGGAGCCGUGGAAUGGCGUGAACGCGCUGGACGCUGCCGUUGGCGCGUACACCACCAUAUCGAUGCUGCGGCAGCAGAUCCGCCCCGAGGAGAGGGUGCAGGGGGUGAUUGAGGACGGCGGCAGGGUCCCGAACAUCAUCCCUGACUACACCCGGAUGGCGUGGGCGGUGCGGAGCCCGGAUGUGUCGGGUGUCGAUGCACUGUUUGAGCGGGUGAAGAACUGCUGCAGAGCAUCUGCGCUGGCGUCUGGCUGUACCGUGGAUUUCACAGAACAGCCGCCGUAUAUGGAGCUGAGAGUCAACGCUGCACUCUGCAAUGCGUAUAUCGAGGAGAUGAAAGGACUAGGACGAGACAUCCUUUUCAUGGACGACAAGCCCUCAGCGGCUGGAACGGAUAUGGGCAACGUCUCGCACGUCGUACCAAGCUUCCACGGGAUAUUCGGUAUUCCCACAGAGCCAGGCGUCGCAGUCCACUCACGCAACUUUGCCAGUGCAGCGUCGACAGAGGAGGGACAUCGUGCCGCGCUGGAGUCUGCCAAAGGAAUGGCCAUGCUGGGGCUCAGGGUGUUGGCAGAGCCAGGCCUCGCGGAAAGAGCAAGGGAUAACUUCCACGGAUGA